GGCCGCAUUCGCUACACUGGCUUUGUCCGCCGACUGAACCACAAGAGUUUUAUCACCUAAACCCAACAUAACCAAAAUGGCUCAACCGAUAGUGAUGACCAACGAGCAGCUUCACGCGCUGAUCGAAGCCGUGCGAGUAUCGGCCGCUAGUGCCGCCGGAAACGCAGCUGCAGCUGGAGAAGCUGGCGCCCAGGGUGCUAAAGGCAAGGGCAGCUUCUCUGCAUGCACACAUAGCUUCGGCGGUACGCGCGACCAUGACGUGGUCGAGGAAUUCAUCACCAACAUCAAGAUCUACAAAGAGCUGGAGUACAUCAGCGACGAGAACGCCCUUAAGGGUAUCUCGCUGUUGUUCUACGGACUGGCCAGUACUUGGUGGCAGGGAGUCCGCAAGGAGGCCCACACCUGGAACGACGCCAUUGCUCUCAUCCGCGAACACUUCUCGCCCACUAAGCCCGCCUACCAGGUCUACAUGGAGUUCUUCCAGAACAAACAGGAGGACAAUGAUCCAAUCGAUACCUUUGUUGUCCACAAGCGAGCUCUGCUGGCCCAGCUGCCCAGCGAUCGCCACGACGAGGAGACGGAACUGGAUCUGCUCUAUGGCCUGCUAAACAUCAAGUAUCGGAAGCAUAUUUCCCGCCAGGCUGUACAGUCAUUCAAGGAGCUCCUGGAACAGGGCCGAAUCAUCGAGCACAACAACCAGGAGAACGAGGAACAAGCUGCCACAGCGAAGAAUGCUCGUGGCUCCCGGCGUACCACCCGCUGCACCUACUGCAGCUUCCGGGGUCACACGUUCGAUAACUGCCGUAAGCGCCAAAAGGAUCGGCAGGAGGAUAACAACGAGGAAUAGGUGACCAAAAUACCAACAACCAACUAGAGGCAGCAGCCACCACAUGACAUCACCGGUGGUUACGCCCAAAAACAAAAUUAAUAUAGAACUUUUCGUUGCCACACUGGCCGACCGACGUCAGCGAAAGCCCAACAACUAGAGAGAGAGAGCGAGGGAGCAGCAAGUACGGCAGCAAUACCAACAGCAGCAACAUGUACCGGCAGCAAUCUCAUUCUCUUCCAAACUCACUGGCAUUUGGCAUGCCGGUAAGCUUCGUUCAGCAUCUAAAACCCAAAAUAACCACGCUGUUUUAUGCUACCAUUCGCAGUAUCUCAAAAACGGCUUUACUUUGAUAAUAUUUCACGCCGCCAUGCGGCUAUUUUGGCAAGAAACGCCAGCAUAUCGUCCAACAAUUUUUGAAAUUGUAACAUUGAAUUUUGUAUUUUUAACUAGAACAAGCAAAGCUUCGAGAAUUAUCAGGCGGAACGGCUGAGGAUCAGGCAUUUCGUCCGAAAAAUCGGUUGGUUGCAAUGAAGAAAUACGAAUUUUAUAUCCAAAGGGUUUCUGCCAAAAGCUUCGGCUAUGGCACCCCUUUGGCUACGGGAUUUUUGUUUUAACAUUGCGACUACGAGUGGAUGUUGCUUGAUCUUCAGUCGCCUUCCAUCACCAGAUAAUUCUCACAACCGCCGGCUCCACUUUGUGCCGCUCAGCGGAAGAGUAGCUAUAACUUGGCCACCAGAGAGAUGAUCACUAUAUUGAAAAAUGUAGGGGACAUCGCUUUUGUAACCAAUUUCGCUGUUUUUUCAACUGAUCCAGGUCCUUUGUGAAGCUAGCAAAAAACCCCCCGCCCAGUGAUCGCCCGCUUAGAUCCUUUUGCACGUGACAUCGACAGCCCCGUUGGGUGACCAUUCGCAUUUCCGGUCGAAGCUUCGGCUACUUCCGGUUUUGUGGGUUGGAGCUCUUCGUGAUGUCUCUAGUGCGAGUGGAUCUACAGGGGGCGUGAACCGGGCAAAACCUAAAUUUCCUCGGAAAUUUAAAAAACCAAACAACUUUUGACUUUUGUCAAAACUUUUAGUAACCACAUCGUACUACGAUGGCUCCUGAUUCGCCAUUCGUGCGGUUGGCACGUCAAAAUUGUCCCAGUCGGGAUCUCGGGUGUUGGGCUGUUUAACAUUUCACCCCUUUGAUUCCGCGACAAGCUUAAGGCACGCCAGAACACAACAACAAACGUCUGCGGUUGGAUCUCGUCACUGCCGCGCCCCUCCAGCCGGUAUUGACUCUUUCCGCCCACCAUAUGCUAAACCGGUCACUUGUGCAGAUGACAUAGGCGCGUCACAACCAUCCGACCCGGAAUAUAUCCGGAACAUGGUGGCUAGGCUUACACCGUGCGCCAUAAAUUGGAGAUUUGGCCACAAGCACACACAAAGUUUGGCCCGCAAUCCUCACGCAGCAUCCAAAAGUGGGGUCCUAUUGAUGACCUCAAGUGACCGGGAUUAAGCAUCAGAAAUCAAGAAACUAAGAAAGACUGAACCCAGAAAAAAUAAACUAGAACACCUAAACAACAUA